AUGGCUUACAAAGACUUAGUUCCCGUUGGUACGGGCCUCAUUAUUGCCGCCACCUCCUUCGGUCUCGGUGUUGUUUACUCUAACUCCGCCUACGACUACAACACCUUGUGGAAGUACGAUGCUGAGGGUUUCACCAGAUCGUUAGCUCAUUACUCCAAUUGGGCCAACGCCCCCAUGAGAAUUCACCAUAUUCUUCACUUUGUGAUGUUCUUGGGUCUCUCGGGAUGUUUCAUCAAGUUGUACAAGCCACUGGACGACUCCAAGUACUUUGAGUACGGUACCUUGGGUUUGAUGAUGGUGGGUAUCGUGAUUUACUUGACCAACUUGAGAAUCGGUGUCAACAGUUGUAUCACCGGUGAAUGGGGUGAGGUUGACCAGAAUACCGGUAUCAAUGUGAUGGCUGCUUCGCAAUUCUUGAUUGUGAUUGCCUUGCUGGGUGUUCUCAUCCUUCAGGCUGGCUUGUACUACGCUGAGUGGUACGAUGAGAAGAUCAAGAGAGAGUUUUUGGAGAAGGAAGCUGCUGAGGCCAAGGAGGCCGAGAUUCAGCCAGAGGCCGCCUCCACUGGUGUGGAGACUCGCUCCAAGGCCAAGAGCAAGGCUAAGAAGAGAACUGCCUGA